UAGUGACCGUAAAGACUCGUUUAGAUCAGCGGGUCACGUUGAGUUGGUUGGAGCCUGGAGUCAGCGGCCACCUGUGGCUGUUUGCUGUUGUUGUUGUUGUUGUUUUACCGAUCAGCGCGGUUCUCACGGAACCUGACGCCGUGCUCUUAUUGUGAAAACACCGGAAGCGGGGCUCCGUCUCGAGGAGCAGCGUCUGGUUCGUCGAGCGUGAGGACUGAUCCAGGAAAGAAGGGAGGUUCGGACAUGUGGGCGACCGUCUGCUGGACUCUCCUCACGCUGGCUGUUCGCGGAAGCGCCGAACCGGCGCCGCCCCAGAACCUGACCAUGGUGACCCUGAACACUAACUACCAGCUGCACUGGGACUGGAACGGGCCGGCCACCGAUCACGUGACCUUCGCAGUCCAGUACCUGUCGAGCUACAAAAGGGAACAACACAAGGACGACUGGUCGUCCCCGAGCAGCUGUGACAACACGACCCGUCGCUUCUGUGACCUGACCCACCAGAACCUUGUUUACUUUGGCUGCUACAACGUCAGAGUACGAGCCAUCAUCAAGGGGGACCCCUCAAACUGGACCUCCACAGAAUUCUGCCCCGACAAAGACGCGCGCCUGGGUCCGCCCAGCAGAGUGGAGCUGUCUCCUGUGGGGGCCGAUCUGGAGGUGGUGAUCACGGACCCCCUGACCAGCAGCAACACCACCAUGAGGGAGAUGUGCUCGUCGCUGCGCUACCUCCUGCUGUACUGGGAGCACGGGGCCGAGCCUCAGAGGAGUCAGCGGAGCCGCCACAAUCGAGUGGUCCUGCGGGACCUUCAGCCUCAGACGUGCUACUGCGUCGCCGUCCAGUCCGUGGUGGAGUCCUACGGCAACAAGAGCAGCGCCUUCACGGCGGCACAGUGCGCCUGGACGGCAGGAGCUCCUCCCUGGUGGCAGAUCCUGCUCUACUUCCUGGGCUUCCUGCUGGCCUCCUUCCUGCUGGUGCUGCCGGUGCUGCUGCUGGUCUUCAGAUGCUACAGGACCGUCAAGUCCACCUGCUGGCCCUCGGUGGCGCUGCCCGAGACGCUGCGACAGCUCCUCAGCGACUCCUCCGCUGCGGACCGUCCUCGCCUCCUCACCGCCGCGGGUGGGUCAUGUGACCGCCAGUGGGUGUGUUCGGAGCUGAUCAUCCAAGACCUGCCGGAGGCUGCAGCUGACGUGGAGACGGCGCCCCCGCUGGAAGCGGAGCGGGACGACAGGUGUCACCAGGGCAGCGGGGACUCGGGCGUUUACUCUUUGGACGGCAGCGCUUCCAGCCAGCAGCUGUCGGACCACUGCGGCUCCUCCUGGCGGGAGCAGGUCUCGCCCACGAGCCGGGCUCUGGUCCAGCAGGGUGCUGUGGGGGCGCCCGUCUGAGCUGCCCCCAGG